CCGGCGCGGCCCAGCUCGGCUGCGGAGGCGGCGCCCGUCCCGCAGGACCCAGCGCGUAGGGUGACCGCGCGGCGAGGGGCGGACGCGGGGGUGUCUUGCUCGCCACUGGGCGAGGACUGGCGGCGGCGGCGGCUCCAGACGAACGAGCGCGGCCCCCCGCGUGCGCACACGCGACUGCUUCCGCACAGGGACUCUGGCCUUCGGCUAGCUUACGGCACUCCGACGCGGAGACCCCCGCGCGGCGCGCGCCCCUCGACUCCCGCUCCAUCAUUCCCCGCUCUCUCCGUCUCCGCGCCCCUCCACUUCCGAUCCAUCGGUCCCGCACCUCCCAUCUCCCGCUCCAUCUGUCCCCGCGCUGCUCCGCUCCCGCUCCAUCCGUUCCCGCGCCCCUUGGCUCCUGCUCCGUCCGUCCCUGCGCGGCACGGAGCACAGAAUCCCCAGCUGCGAGCCCUCCCCGAGGGGUGUUUGCCUGGUGCCAACCUGAAGCCCCGCGGCCCUCAGCCAAGCCCGGCAGCGAGCAGCCUGUGUACGUGGGGGAGAGUGGAGGCUGCUGGGAGCCAAGGCCAGUGUCCUGGCUAAGCAGCACCAUGGCGGGUGUCCUGCAGGUAGCCCUGGCUACUCUCCUUCUGCUGCCUGUGGCCACUGCCAUGCACUCUGACUGCAUCUUCAAGAAGGAACAAGCUGUGUGCCUGGAGAAGAUCCAGAGGGCCAAUCGCCUACUGGGCUUCAAUGAUUCCUCCCCAGGCUGCCCUGGCAUGUGGGACAACAUCACGUGUUGGAAGCCUGCCCAUGUAGGAGAGAUUGUCCUGGUUACCUGCCCUGAUCUCUUUCGAAUCUUCAACCCAGACCAAGAUGCAGGGGUGGUGAGCCGGAACUGCACAGAGGAUGGCUGGUCUGAGCCCUUCCCACAUUACUUCGAUGCUUGUGGGUUUGAUGACUAUGAGCCUGAGACUGGGGACCAGGACUAUUACUACUUAUCAGUGAAGGCCCUCUACACCGUCGGCUACAGCACCUCCCUCGUCACCCUCACCACUGCCAUGGUCAUCCUGUGCCGCUUCCGGAAGCUGCAUUGCACCCGAAACUUCAUCCACAUGAACCUGUUUGUGUCCUUCAUGCUGAGGGCCAUCUCUGUCUUCAUCAAGGACUGGAUUCUGUAUGCUGAGCAGGACAGUAAUCACUGCUUCAUCUCCACCGUGGCUUGCAAGGCUGUCAUGGUUUUCUUUCACUACUGUGUGGUGUCCAACUACUUCUGGCUGUUCAUCGAGGGGCUAUACCUAUUCACGCUGCUGGUGGAGACCUUCUUCCCGGAGAGGAGAUACUUCUACUGGUACACAAUCAUUGGCUGGGGAACCCCUACUGUUUGUGUGACAGUGUGGGCCACUCUGAGGUUCUACUUCGAUGAUACAGGCUGCUGGGAUAUGAAUGAUAGCACGGCUCUGUGGUGGGUGAUCAAAGGCCCCGUGGUUGGCUCUAUCAUGGUUAACUUCGUGCUUUUCAUCGGCAUCAUCGUCAUCCUUGUGCAGAAACUUCAGUCUCCAGACAUGGGCGGCAAUGAAUCCAGCAUCUACUUAACAAACUUAAGCCUGGGAGUCCCCAAGAAAGCCCGAGAGGACCCCCUGCCGGUGUCCUCAGACCAGCAUUCACCCCCUUUCCUCAGCUGCGUGCAGAAAUGCUACUGCAAGCCACAGCGGGCUCAGCAGCACUCUUGCAAGAUGUCAGAACUGUCCACCAUUACUCUACGGCUGGCCCGGUCUACCCUGCUGCUCAUCCCCUUGUUUGGAAUACAUUACACGGUCUUCGCCUUCUCUCCAGAGAAUGUCAGCAAGAGAGAAAGACUUGUGUUUGAACUGGGCUUGGGUUCCUUUCAGGGCUUCGUGGUGGCUGUGCUCUACUGCUUCCUGAAUGGGGAGGUGCAGGCGGAGAUCAAGCGGAAAUGGCGGAGCUGGAAGGUGAACCGCUACUUCACCAUGGACUUCAAGCAGCGUCACCCAUCUCUGGCCAGCAGCGGUGUGAAUGGGGGCACCCAGCUCUCCAUCCUGAGCAAGAGCAGCUCCCAGCUCCGCAUGUCUGGUCUCCCUGCUGACAACCCAGCCACCUGAGUUUCCCCUCCUGAACCUCCCCUCUCCCUCUUCCUGCACAGGCUGGGGCUGUGGGAAGAUGCCUGCACAGGCAUGUGCCUCUUCCCCCUGCCCCCCCACCUUGGGCAGGUCCUGGAUAGGAAGCUGGGCUCCUCCCCAAGGGGAAGAGGGUGGCCCUUUGUUUGGGUAUAGGCCCCCAUCGUGGUCCCCUGGGUCUUGAUUUGACAUGUAAAUAUUCCUCAAAUUUGGGUAAUUGCCCUAACCACCCCCUACCCCACAUUCUUCUCACCUCUUCCCAGAUCCAGCUCUGCUACUUCCUGCAUCCUGGCCCACCUCAGUGGUGGCCUGACCCCAGGCAUGGCCUUGUAAGCUGAGGCCUAGGCUGAAGAGAGCCCCUACUUUGGGGAGGUGGGCUGGUGCCCACCCCUGUCCCUCAGUGUGUGACGGGGGCCUUUCUCAGCCUGGGUUCAGCUCUUACCAGAGGUCCUGCUUGGACCCAUUGGGCCCAUUGUCCUUCAGUGCAGGCCGGCCCCAGGCCUCCUCAUGUUCACCUGGGGUCUUGGCAUCUAGAUGCCCAGCUACGAGGUACCAGAAUGUUGGGAUAGCUCCAAUUAGAAAUUUCGGUUGGGGAGAUAGGGCUGAGGGUCAGAAAAGUUCUGGUGCUUUUUUUGAUCCAAGAAGAACUGAGAGCCAGAAAUGCAAUUGGGGUGGAGAUGGAGAGGUUUGGGGACCCAUGGCAGACCUUUCCCAUCUCCAUCAUGUUCCAGACUCAAGUAGGGCUGGGAUCCUUUGGUGGCUUCCUUGCUGUCCCUCUUGUCCCUGGUGGUGGCCCAGAGUAGCUGUUCCCACUUCCCCAGAGUCUCCAAUUCCUCCUCAUCCCCUCUUAAGUCAAAGCCAUGACUAGGAUGACCCAGCUGCCUUCCUGAGAGUCUGUGAAUUUGAAGCACUGGUCAUCUCCACAUGCCCAAGGCCUGGGCCCAGGGCUUCCCCACCCUGCUGCCAUGGACGGUGAAGAGUCCCAGACACAUGGGCUCAAAUACUGAACUCUGACAUACAUGCAAAGACUGCACUGUGUGCCAUGGACGCUGGACCACUGCAGACAGCUGCCAGGGUGGUUGGGGGGGGGGCGGGGAUGCCAUGCCCAGCCACUGUUAGCAGAGGCUGUGGAUGGAUGGAAUGCCCCCCACUGUCCAUCCUGACCGCCCCCAACAAUGGUAAAUUGUAUAGCCACAGCCUAAGAAUUGAAAGUCAGGCCAGGCCAGGGUGGGGGAAGGUAGAGGAAGUUGUUGGAGAGCCAGAGGCUCAUGUGUCCCCAUUCAUUUUGUGUGCACUCUUGGUCUUGUUCCUGUCUGUGGGUCAUGUUCUAUAAUGCUUGAGGACUUUGGGCACAGGGACUGUUGCUUCACUGGGUUUCAUAAAGGGACAGGGGGCAGUGCUUCUGUGGGAUGUCUGAGUGGCUGGUGGGAGAAGGCACUCGCUCUCAUUGUGUGAUGAGUCCAGUGUUCUUGGCUGUCUAGGUAAGUUCCUGGGUUUUUGGCAAAGCUAAGAAAACUCUAGCCUUUCCCAGGCAUGCUCAGUGAUUUCUUCUGGCUGUGGGUGUUGGGUGUGCAGUGGCCUUUGCCCUGCCUCUGACCCCAAGAUCACCUCACUUGCUCUGGAGAUCAGAAGUAUCAGUCAAGGAAGUGUCUGCUGUCACCUUGAUAUCAGACACUGCUAGGGGACCUGAGAUGUUUGGAAGGGGCCAUGGCCUGGAUUCAGAAACCCGAGAUCUGCCCUAGAUGGGCUCAGACUGCUGGGACUAUGCACACAAGGCUCCUUGUUCUGGGCCUCAGUUUCCCCAUUUGUGAAAUAAUGUGGCCUCUAAUGCUUCUCCAGGCUCUGUACUUUAGUAACUUUCCAGUUAAAAACUUAGGCAGGUAAAAUGACAAGUGCACUCCUGUGUGUAUCAUGUAAGAUUGUGUGCGUGUGUGUGUGUAUGUCUGUGUGUGUGUCUCUGUGUGUCUGUUUAUCUGUGUAACCGCGGGAGGAUGCUGUUUAUUUUCCCUUUCUUAGAAACCAAACUCCUUUCAUGCAUUUGGCCAACCACAGUGGAAGUUGUUUGAGCAGAGGAAAAGCCAAGGCCGCGGGACCUUAGGCAUAGCACACAGACCCAGCCCUCUACCUUUGGUGGGGUCAGGUGCUCUGACUGCAUGGCACCCCAGAUCCAAGAAGUAUUCUCUAGGGUGUGGACCCUGUUAUUUGUAGUCACCCGGCCAGAAGAAGAAACAGUGACUUUCAGACCCAUCAUCAUGAAUGAGUAAAAUCAAAAUCCACCUGAACCCCACAUUUGGCACUGUUCCCUGUGUUUGGGCCUGUGGCCUCCCAGAGGUUCCAGGAUCCUGUGGUUUUCUGUCUAAAUGAAUUUGUGCCAACCUGAUAUAUUUGGACUGGUCCAAGAGGUUCUGGCUUUAGGUCACAGGCAGUGGGUGCACAGCACAAAGCCUGGUGAAGCCCUUUCCUCUGGCCUCUUUUCAGUUCUGUAGAAGGGGCUAGGACUGAGUGCUUUGCAUAGUCUGGGGCACCCCUGGGUUCUGUCUAACACCAGUCAUUGGCCCCAGGGCGAUUGAAGGAAGCACAGGGACAAGAAGGUGAGGAAGUCCUGCUUUGGGAAGAGGGCUUGGGGGAGGUGAGAUCUAGGUGUGGGACCCUUGGCUUGGAGGACUAGUCCUGGGAUGGAGCUCUUGUUCUGUGCCAUCUAAGAGGCUGAAUUCCAUCCAAACCAGGUCUUCUUGAGAGGAGGACAUCUCUUGUCCCCUGUCAUGAAUGUGCAUCCAUGGGACAGGCUGAGCAGGCCCAGGAGAAGGUAUCUAGACCUGCAGAAUAUGGAGUAACAAUUAGGAAAGCCAGGGGGCCAGAGGGUUGUGGGGUGCUGCAGCUUUCCAUGGCCACCUGCACUGUGAGUUCAGGACUCUCAUAUGCUUCAUGCAAGACCCCAUUUUCUGUUUCAGUGGGAAGCCGAUGAGGGGCCCUCUGAUUCCCCUUGAACCCGGUCAUUUCUGUCCUGGGUUCUGUGGGGAUCAAGGUCGGAGCUCCCACACACCCAAAACUAGAAACACCUGCAUCCAUCACCACUCACUUGGUCUCAAUGGCUUGAUCUACCCUUCUCCUGAAAAAGAGCCGGAGAGAUCCUCUUCUUAGUUUUUUGAGGACCAUGUUCCCUUCAGGGCCCUCCAGAAAGGAGAGAGGGAGGACUUUGCCACCAUCCUCUUCCUCUUGGGACCAGGAAUCAGAGGGAGCAGAUAAUGGGGCAUCUCAGCAGUGCCACUGACCUGCUGGACCUUGAUUUGGUCCCUGGCUAUCACAAGGUACUAGUGCUUGGAGGAGCUUGGAGGUCUGCAGGUCAAACCUCCAGUGGGUGGUAAGGCCACAGUGAAAGCCAUGCACACACCUGGAUGAAGAAAUGGCCCCAGCUAUGUGUGCAAUCCUGUGAGUGGGCCAGAAUGUGACUCUCACGCAGCCUUUUGGUGACAAGCUACCUUGUGCAGGACAGAGGACCUGGCUAUAGAAAACUGCCCAGCCUUUGGGCUCCAGGAGCAGCAGGAGUCAGCUAAGCAUGGGGAUGGCUGCUCUAACCUGGUUUCUUCCAUGCUUCUGGGCCCUGGGCUUUCCCUCUGCCUCUGAGACAUGAGGAGGCCAUGAGAGCCCUAAGCCAGGGCUGGGGUGGGAAGGGGAGAUGCCUGUGUGCAUGAAGGAUCUUUGGAGAUGACACAGAUCAGGAGCCAUUCCCAAGAAGGACCCCCAAAGAACUGGCUGGCUGUUUCCUGCUUUGAGCCUUCCUGGGUGGACUUCCACUCCAUUUGAAUAACCACCAGCACUGAGAAUGUGGAGGAGGCCCGAGGGCUCUGGUGGGCACAGAGGGCCAGGUUUGCCCUCAUCAUCUGACUCAGUUUGCUCUUGAGCAUGGGGAGGGGAGAAUUCUAUGUGCUUGCUGUGAGCAUGUCUGUGAUGCCAUCUGUAAUCCUUCAAGGACUUGAUGUACUCAUCUUCCCCCUGCCCCCACUUGUUCCUGAACUGCAGGUCCUGGGGUGUGCCUGCACUCAGUCAUGUGUCUUGUCUUAUGUCUAUCUUCUGUAGCUUUGUGCUGCCAGGGCUGGAGUGGUGCAGCCCCUGGCAUCCCAGAUGUGGCUCCAGGCUCUCAUCAGAGCUGGGCCACCCUGGGUUCCACCUCCCACCAGAGAGAGAAACCCCACACACUGUAGAACUACGCUGCCUCCAUUAAUGCUGUGCUUACAACCUUGUCUGGGAUUUUAAGGAUGUCAACCUGCUGUAGACAGCUCAAUAAAUGUCUCCUCAUUUUUA